AGAAAUAUGGCUCUUUAUCAGGUAGAGUAUUUCUGUGGACGGUUACUUGAUUCAGAGGGAGUAAGUAACAUUUUGAAAUCCAAUGUUUUCCUAAUAUUAAAUGUGUACUAAGUUUAAAAAAUACAAUUAUUCUUUUCUUUCUCCUCAAAUCUCACCUGAUCACCUAACAGUGAAUAUCUACUGUGCUCCAGUCACAUCUCUGACUGUGUGGAAAACCCAAGUCCUCUAGCAGUGACAUGCAAAGAGGGCUGUUUCUGCAGACCUGGGUUUUUCCAUAGUGGUGGCAAAUGUGUACCCGACUGAGUGUGGCUGCAUUUACAAGGGAAUCUACCAUGAAAUUCAUGAGAACUUCCUCCCUGAUGAGCGCUGUCAGCUGCACUGUGUCUGUGUGGGCCACAACACGGUACAGUGCACCAAUCACAUGUGUCCAAAUGGAACAAAAUGUGGCAUCCAAGAGGGUCACAGGGCAUAUCACGCAUCACAGCCCGUUAAACGCACAGUCAUGGGUGGAAGACACUUCAGAAACUACGAUGGAGAAAACUUUGACUUUAAUAUGGGAAACUGCAGUUAUGUUCUCUCCCAGGUUUGUGAUGAGGAAGGAUCUGAACCAGUUGUUGCUCUUCAGAAACAAAAGCUGCACCUGAGGUCCAUGGAGUAAACGUAUCAUUGGAGCAUUUAGGCAAAGUAAAAAUCGACGGUGCUCUGUGGAGUCUUCCCGUCCAACUGGAUCAUGUGAAAAUACUCCAUUCUGGCCUGCUCACUCGAGUUGUUGUCCACACUUGGGACGUUGUCAAUUAUGGAGGCCCUCGCCUGAUACAAGUAGUAUUAUCUGCCUCUCGUAGAAGAAUGUGUUGUUUGUAUCAUUGCUGUUGCUACAGAAUAGAAACAGAGUCCGAAUUGCAGCCAAUCAAGAAAUCAUUUCCCUGUUUGCUUCUUCCUGGUCACUUUCCCCUCAUGGAACUAACUGCUCCGAAGAAUGUGAUCUCUCUUCAGCAUGCAACUGUACCAGGGCAGCUGAAUUUGCAUCUGAUAACAUCUGUGGCACGCUGCUUGCUCCUGCAGGCUCAUUUGGUCAAUGCCACUCUGCUGUGGACCCAGAGCCCUUCAUUCAAAACUGUGUGAACGACUUGUGUAUUUCUAAUGGGAAUGAAGAAUUGUUUUGCAGGAGUGUGAGCGAAUACACUUUUGCGUGCCAAGGGGCAGGAGCUGAAGUCAAACCAUGGAGGAGUGAGAAGUGCUCACUCAUGCCCUGAAACCUCUCACUACAGUAUAUGUGUCAGUGCAUGCCCUGAGUCCUGUGGUAUUUCAUCUGAUAUCCACUGACCGUGGCCCUGUUAUGAGGGAUGUCAGUGUGAGUCUGGAUACAUGCAGAAUGGAAAUGGCUGUAUCAAACCUGAGCAAUGUGGCUGUUUCUAUCAUGGGCACGACUAUGAGAUUGGGGAGAUAUUAUGGACUGAGGGAUGCUCCGAGAAGUGUAUCUACUCUGCCAAGUCGACCGUGCGCCGUGAGCCAGCCUCCUGCCCCGAGGGAGAGAGCUGCACCCUGAACAAUACCUGGGGUUGUGCAAGGAAAGCUAAUGAUUAUAAAAUCUGUGAGACUGGACAGACUUGUGCUGACCAGAGCCAACCUCAGCAAACUCAGUGUCGGGUGCAUGAAGGCACCCACUUCUACACUUUUGAUGGGAAGGCAUUUGAAUUCCAAGGAAACUGUACCUACACCCUAGUCCUUACGCUGAAUGACACCAGUCAGAAUAGCUAACUAACGGCUCCUCUCUUACAGCUAUUCAUGCCGAAGUGGUUCAAGCUAAUAUUAAUAUCUACAGAGGGUAAAAAAGGCUAUGUUUGGAUAAAUGGUGAUAAAAGGUGACUUCCUGUGACUCUACAGUUUAGACCGGCAAGGAUCAAACAUACUGGCAUGUUUGUUUUUGUGGAUACCAAUCGGGGAAUCCAAAUUAAGUAUGACUGGUCUCAUAUUGCCACCAUCCUUUCUAGUGCAACUGAUGUAUGGGGCCUGUGUGGGAAUAACAAUGGCCUCAAAGAGGAUGACCUCAGGACCCCACAGGGUGAGGUAGUUGAUGCUACCGCCUUUGGCUGGAGUUCCUGAUCAGGACACUCUGGGUGAAGCAGAUUGCGGACUUCAUGCCCACGCUGCUCUGCUGACCAGCUUCGUCUGGAAAAUGUUACCUGUCAAUUAAUCUCUCUGCACGACUACAUUCGGUCACCACAGAGCUCUUUCCACAUGUGCUUGGAAGUUUUAAACUACACUAAUAUCUCCUAAGCAAAGUUGGCAGAGUUUCAUUUUGAAAGUGUCUUACACUUUGCUGACUUUCAAAUGCAAUUUUGGCACCCCCUACAGGUUGAUGGUGUCAAGAGGAACGUCCCAUAUCAUUUUAACCCGACUGUGCUGGUUUACUGUCUGGGGCUGCACACUUACAUCUACACAGACACAGGCUUUGAAUUUAGGCUCAGUAUAGAGGGAAUAGUCUCUCCCAUAAAUUUGUGAAUGCAAGUUGUGGACUUUGUGGUCCACAGCCAACGACCUCCCAGCAAAUGACACGCAGGAGCAUUUUGGUAAAGAUUGGCUAAGUGAGCAGAAUCCAUGGUGUGUGGAGGGCUGUCUGGGAGGAAGUUGUCCGAAUUGUUCAUCUGAGCGUUUGGCCCGCUUCUCUGAACCGGAAGUCUGCGGGAAAAUUCUGCAGGUUAAUGGACCCUUCAGACACUGUCAUGCCAAAGUGGACCCCUCCAGCUUUUACAAGUGCUGCGUCAGUGACUUGUGUCUUCAUGGAGGUCUCCAGUCUGCACUGUGUCACUCCCUGGCAGAGUAUACGGCUCUCUGUCUUUCCCACAAGGCUAGAGUUUACACCUGGAGAAGCCCUGGACUCUGCUUCCAGUCCUGUCCCUCCGGUAGCAGUUAAAACACAGGCUCUGCCUCUGUUCACCUCUGCCUCGGCUGGAAGAAUAACACUGUAGAGAUGCCUCCCAACACUGGGGAGAACUGUCUCUGUAAUACAGGGUUAGUUCACAGUGGCAGCCUGUGUGUCUACCCAGAAAACUGUGGCUGCAUUCAGAAUGGAGAGUACCUCAGGACAAGAGGGUUCAUGUCACUACACUCUGGGGCAGAUGAGCUCUCUGAAGAACCUGGAUGUUGAGCCUGUUGUUAUCACUGCACAUGGCAACCACCUCGCUGGCAGGCAGAUCAAUCUGCAAGUCAAUACAAUGUCUUUUGAGGCCUCAACAGUUUUUCCUGGACAAAUUCAGGUAAACUGAGUGUAUGAGGAUCUGCCAUUCACCCAGAACAAUGUCACUGUACGUCAGAGGAAUGGUUGGAUCAUCAUCCAGACCCCACAGUCAGAGAAGCUUAUUUCAGACCUGCGAGGCCACAUUCAGGUCAAGAUCCCUGCCAUUUACCACCAGUCUACCUGUGGUCUUUGUGGAUACUAUAAUGAUAAUCCCUAAACUGACCUGCAGCUGCCCAAUGGCACUGUGAUCUCCGAGGCUGACAUUUUUGGGCCAUCUUGGAAGUUGUCUAAUGAAUCCUCCUGCAGCGACACAUGUAAUAGCAGCUGUCAACUCUGCCAGACCCCUAUGUCAGAGUAUAGCUCUGACCUGUACUGUGGCUUCCUCACCCAACCAAGGGGACCAUUCUCCUCUCGUCACCAUUUAGUGGAUCCACAGAAUUACUACUCACUCUGAAUGAAGAUACUCGGUCCUGCAAAGCGGCAGGACAGGGCCCUGUGUGAGACACUGUGGGUUUAUGAUGCAGCAUGUAAGGAAGCAGGAGGGAUGACUGACCUCUGGACAAACACUACAGGCUGUGCGUAUCAAUGUUCUCAGUUCAGCCACUACAGCCAAUGUGCCAAUGUUUGCUCCUCAUUGUGCCCUGAGAUUAGCGUGGCAGUGCAGUGCCCCAGAGACUGUGAGGAAGGUUGCAUGUGUGACACUCAUCACUUUUUUGAUGGCCAUGUCUGUGUACCAGCUGAACAGUGUGUCCAGAACGGAACAAGGUUUAAGGCCUCUGAGAGCAAACUUCUCCAAAACUGCACAGUUAACUGCACCUGCGGGCCUCCUGUCGUCUCACAGAUCCCGGAUCCCUUUGAGGGAAAAUGUGAUGAAACAGAGAAAUGCUCCCUGAGCGAGGGCUUGCCUGUGUGAACGAGCCAUCAGGGUCUGUGCUGGUCCUGGGGAGGGCAGCACUACCACACCUUCGAUGGGCUCAGCUAUGACUUCGAGCGCACCUGCACCUAUGUGUUCACAGCCAGCAAAAGCCUCUACAGGACCUGUGGCUCAGCCUGUCCUCCACCCUGUGAAUUGAAUGCCACUAUCUGUCAUGAGGCCUGUGUUCAGGGCUGCUGCUGUGACCCUGGCGUCCUCAGGAGUCCACAGGGCUGUGUGCGUCCACACCAAUGUGGCUGCACAGACUCUAGAGGCAAAUACUGCAGCCUCAACGCAACUUUCUGGAUUUCAGACAACUGCGGUCAACUCUGUAUUUGUGGACCAGCUACUGAAGAGGUCCACGGCCGCCCAGUUCCCAGGAGGAAUGGUCUGCAAGCAGCUUCAUCACAGGAGGGUGUGUCAACUUGAAAACCCCAGAACUGAACCAUUGUUACCGGGCUGCAUUUUACAACCUUAGAUGGACAUAAAUUUGCCUUCAGAGAGGUUUGUGAAUACUUAUUAGUUCAAACUAGCUCCAACCCAACUGUACCAACGCCAUUUAGUAUCGAGGUCUCUGAUGCAAGUUGCCACAAAAGGCUUUUUCAUAGCCAAACUUUAUCUCUCUCAAUCUAUGGUUUGGCAGUUGUGGUAAGAAGACAACCCAGCAAAGGUUUUGAUGGACGGACUGUAUAAACCCUUGCCGUACUCUCACCAGACGUGCCAUGUAGAUGAAUUCGAACACCUACAUCGCUCAUCAUUCACACUGAUUUGGGAUUACAGCUGAUUAUCUAUAACGGCGGCAUGCUAAUGAUUAUCCUCCCCAGCAGUUAGGGCUCCUCUGUCUCUGGGCUUUGUGGGAAUGCAAACAGUGACCCUCAGGAGGAGCAAAUGAUGUCCACUGAAGAGCUUGCCCACAAGUGGAGGUCUCCUGGAGCAGAGACCUGUAGGUCCAACUAUUCGUCUGCCCUGAAGCAUCGUCCUGUUGAGGCAAAGAAGCUUGGGCCGUUCUUACUUCCGCAGCUGUGUGGUGGAUACCUGCUCUUUUGCUGGACACUAUUCAGCACUCUGCAAUUCCAUUGCAUCAUACGCUGCCGCUUGCCAAGCAGCUCAGGUGCCCAUCAGACACUGGAGGAUUGACACUUUCUGUGGUGAAUACAAGUUCAUAUUUUAUUGGUUAUUGCAGCAAACACCUCAAAGCUGAUUUAAUGUUUCACUGUCUGGGUUCAGAGCACUAUCACUGUGAAAAGUACACAAGGGCUCACUUAUUCAUUAUUGAUUAUUUAGGCUUUUAUGAACAGUCUAUGCACGACAGCAAACAUUGAACUUGCUGCGAAGGGAAAUGCACAGAAAAAGAAAAUCAAUAUCAUCUUAACAAUAAAAAUGGGAAUGACACAAGAAACCUGGAAAGCACCACACGCAUAAAAGAGCAAGUUUAAUUGUAUAGCUACUUAUGAGCCUUCUUUUUUUAAACAUGACUGAAGUUAAUUUAUUAUAUGCCUCUAAUUUGACCUUCCAUCAGUGUUUUUAUUAUAGGUGGAAGGUGAACUACACAUUUCACUCUUAAGCCACAUAAAUUCAGUUUUCAGUCUCUGCACUGUCAUACUAUUAUACAUUUAUACCAUUAGAGUCAGUGGGAUUGACAGUAAAACAGCAUGGGUGGGUUUAUGGAGAAGGAUUCUGUAGGAUUGAAGUACAACGAUUGUGUUUUGUUUGGUUAAAAAUAGCUUUGUGGAGCUCCUGCACAGCUGGACAGUCGUAGCUCCUGGACAGCACCGCAGUGACACUUGUGAGUGUGACGGGUGCACCCUGUCCCCGCUUGAAAAUGUGAUCUGUUACCUCCUGUUGAACAGUAGUAUAGAAUUCAGGCACUGCUGGAACAGUGGUGUGGAGUGUGAUGUUCACAGAGAGAUGUGCGUCAGGGCUGUCUGUGCUGGGGCAGGGCAUCUGACCUGUCUGUUGCUGGAAGCGUAUUCUGCAGCCUGCCAUGCUAAAGGAAUACUGGUGGACCCAUGGAGAGAGAACAUGCUUUGCUCUCCCCAGUGUCCCGACAGCAGCAGACCAGAAGUGUGUGUGUGUGGACUCCGGCUCCAAGUCAUGUCCUGCUUUGCUCCGGCCUGGUUCUUCAGCAGCUGUCUGUUCUGAGGGCUGUCAGUGCUGCGAUGGAAAUGUGUUUGAUGGCAACAAAUGUGUACCUUACAGUGUGGGUGUGUCCACCAAGAUGUUUAUAUCAAGAUCUUCCUGCGCGGAUUGUCAGUAGCCAUAAACGGGGGGGCUAGUGAAGGUAUAACCCCACUGAGGAUUUUAAUAACCAUUAACUGAAACAUUGAGAAAUGAUUGGGCAAAAUGAAACUGUGGAAACCUUAAUGACCUCCAAUCGCACAGUUCAAUCGAGUUAUGAGUUCUCAAUGACUUUCCUUUCUGUCACGUCUCUGGAUGAUAACUGACUGUUCUAAGCCAUGGGUACCCUGCUGCUGCUUUGUGCCUUGGGGGCUUUACUCAGCUGUCCGUCGAGCGCUGGAUCGGCAGGCAAGGAGUUCGCUCUCUCAUUCAUGCAAAAUUAUGCUGCAAAUUACGGCACUCCUCGCAUGCAGCUCUUCAUCACCGCUGUUGAGGCAAAUACUAAAGUGACAGUGGAAGUGCCUAAAUUAAACCAUAAGCAAGAAAAAACUAUCAAAGCUGGAGAAGGGGUCACCAUCACCCUCCCCAACAAGGUUGAGAUGUUUGGCAACACCAAGUCUCCUAACACGGUGCGCAUUCAUGCCUCGGCAGAUGUGACUGUGACCUCCUUGAACUCCAAGUUGUACACAGAAGACACCUCUGUGGUGUAUCCCAUCACUGACUGGGGUAAAGAAUACUUUAUCUUUACACCUGCAAAGUCUCCCUAUGGCACCUACAAAGAGUUUGCUGUGACAAAUGGAAAAGAGAGCAACAAAGUAGAGAUUUUCCCAACAGGCCCAAUCUGGUACCAGCAUCGUAUUUACAGAGCCGGCAAUAGCAUGGUUAUAGAUCUCAAGCCGUAUGAGAGUCUGCAGGUCCAGAGCAUGUCGGAUCUCUCCGGCACCAGAGUCGCCUCGCAGCACCCUGUCGCUGUUGUCACGGGUCACACAUGCACCUGGCGCUACUCGAAAUGUAACCACGUUUACGAGCAGCUGCUGCCAGUGAGCAGCUGGGGAUCCACCUUCAUGGUUCCUCCUCUAAGCAUGCAGACGAGAGACGAUAGCAUUUACGUCCAGGCCUCCCAGCCCACCCGAGUCACCGUCCAAAAUGGCAACCACAAAGAUGUUUUCACCCUGAGCAGGGGGCAGAUGAAGGAGAUCCUGUACCACAAUCCAGCAACGCUGUUCAUUCAGGCCGAUCACGGCAUUCAAGUCCUCUUUCUCUUCAACGGCCUCAAGUACGGCUGGUACCAAUUCUACGACCCUUUCUUGAUGAUGGUCCUGUCCACAGACCAUUUCUGCGGCUCCUACUCACUUCAUGCUCAAGACAGCUUUGACAACAAAGCCCUGAUUGUGGCACAGACUGAUGCAAUGGCCGAGCUGCGUUUUGAUGGUGCGAGCCUGCCUCGUAAUGUGCAGUGGAAAACGGUUACAGGGACAGAAUUCUCUUGGGCGGAGAUUAGCUACAAACUCUCCCCCGGCAACCAGAGACACAUAGUGACCAGCUCUGGUUCCCGCUUUGCUCUCUACAGUGUAGGAGUCAGCCAGAUGAAUGGUUAUGGUUCCCCAGCACAAUGUAUACAGCAAGGAAGUGGACCUUUGUCCUGCAGCAGUGUCACCUGCAGUGCCAAUGAGGUUUGUGAGAUGAAGGGAAAAUACGCCUCCUGUGUCCCCAAGCCAGUAGAGAAAAAGCCUGGCACCUGCUGGGCCAUGGGGGAUCCUCACUACCGGACCUUCGACGGACGACACUUCAACUUCAUGGGCACCUGCACGUAUGUCAUCGCCAAAAACUGUGGAAAGGAUGAUCUGCCAGCCUUUGAGAUCCUCGCCCAGAACGAGAACAGGGGAAGCCUCAGGGUGUCGUAUGUCAGCCUGGUCAUCGUGAAGGUGUAUGACAUCACCAUCGUAGUAGCUCGGUCUGAGACUGGUCGUGUGAGGAUUGACAACACUCUGUGGAGUUUGCCCGCAGCCUUGAACAAUGGCAAACUAGUGAUGUUUCAAAGAGGCCGCUCGGUGGUCAUGGAGACGGAUUUUGGCCUGACUGUGAGCUAUGACUGGGAACACCAGCUUGUGGUCACACUCUCUGGGAGCUAUGCUGGUAAGACUUGUGGCCUCUGUGGCAACUUCAAUGGCAAGUCCAGCGAUGAUUUCACGACGCCCUCUGGCAGCCAGGCGGACGGAGAGGUGGCCUUCGGCCGCAGCUGGAAGGUUCCGGGGCUGGUGAAAGAUGCCGCGUGCAGAGACGACUGUGUGGGCGGGUGUGAGCGCUGUGAGAACAGCCUGAUGAAGAUGUGGCAGGGCGACCUGUUUUGUGGGCUCAUCACACUCAUAGUAAAUGGCCCCUUCAGCAAAUGCCACGCCGCCAUUGACCCACAAGCCUACCUGGAGAACUGCAAAUACGAUGUUUGCAUGGGAGGCGGCCUUCGACAUUUCCUCUGCAGGGCACUGGAGGCUUACACUGAAGCCUGUCAGCUUGCUGGGAUCCAGGUCCAAGAUUGGAGGAAGAUGGCAAAAUGCCCUGCCAAAUGUCCAGCCAACAGCCACUAUGAGCUCUGUGGCAAUGCCUGUCCUGCCACUUGUUCCGAUCCUAACGCUGCCUCCAAAUGCAAACGGCCCUGUGUGGAGACCUGCACCUGCAAUGAAGGCUUUGUGCUGAGCGGAGGUCAGUGUGUACCUGUCGAUCAGUGCGGCUGUAGCUACAAGGGUCUGUACAUCCCAGCCGGAGAGUCGUUCUGGGACGACCAGACCUGUCAGCGAUGGUGUGUUUGCGUGGCUGGAAGCAGACAAGUCCAGUGUCAGAAUAAAGGCUGCAGGGCCGGGACAAAGUGCAAGGUGGUCGAGGGCAUAAGAAAGUGCCAAGCAGUGUCCUCCAGCACAUGCCAGGCCACAGGGGACCCACAUUACAGGACCUUUGACAACAAGAGGUUCAACUUCCAGGGCACGUGUGUAUACCAAAUGGUUGCUCUGUGCUCCAACCACCCAGAUUUAGUGCCGUUUGAAGUGCUGGUGCAGAAUGAUUACCGGGGCAACAAAGUGGUUUCCUACACCAAGCUAGUGGAAGUCAAGGUGUAUUCCCUAAGCAUUGUUAUCACGAAGACACACAAGGGCCUGAUAAUGGUGAAUAAUGAGCUGGUGAACCUGCCUGUAACCCUGGCUGGAGGUCAGGUGUCUGUGUUUAGGAGCGGCUGUUACGCUGUCGUCACCACAAACUUCGGCCUCAAAGUCUCCUUCAACUGGGAAAGUGCCUUGUUCGUGACGCUGACCAGCGACUACAUGGGAGCCGUCUGUGGCCUCUGUGGCAACUACAACGGCAAAGCCCAGGAUGACCUGUUUCCAAAGAACGGGAACAAAAAUGUCGCCCCAGUAGCUUUCGGCACCAGCUGGCGAGUGGCUGAAAUCCCGGGCUGCGUCGAGGGCUGUAAAGGGGUGUGUCCUGACUGUGACAUCACCCAGAAGGUUCAGUAUGAAAAGGAUGAUUUCUGCGGUAUGGUGAAAGACCCCCGUGGGCCUUUCCGUGACUGCCAUGCUAAGGUGGACCCAGCUGAAUACUUUGAGGACUGUGUUUAUGAUGUGUGCCUGUAUAAGGGCAGAAAGGAUGUGCUGUGUCAGGCGAUAACGACAUACACAACUGCAUGCCAAGCUGAAGGGGCCAAGGUGUACAGCUGGAGAACCAAACAGUUCUGUGCAUUGACAUGUCCAGUCAACAGCCACUAUGAAGUUUGUGCUUCUUCCUGUCCUUCCACGUGCCAGAGUCUGGCUCCUCCUCCGGGCUGCCACGAGCUGUGUAAGGAGGGCUGCUCCUGUGACGAGGGGUUCCUCCUCAGUGGAAGUGCAUGUGUUCCCUUCUCAAACUGUGGCUGCAUCCACAAUGACCGCUACUACCGCGCCGGCCAAGUGUUUUAUCCCAAUGGUCAGUGUCAGGAGGAGUGUAAAUGCUCACAAGAUGGAGAGGUUGUGUGCAAAAAGUUCACAUGUGGCCCUAAUGAGAAAUGCAAAGUGGAGAACGGCAUCCAAAAAUGUCACCCUGUUGGCAAGGCUGUGUGCCACGCCUCCGGUGACCCCCAUUACCGGAGCUUCGAUGGGCGAAAAUUCGAUUUCCAGGGCACCUGCACCUACACACUCUCCAAGAGCUGUGGGCUGGAAGGCACCCACCUGACGGCCUUCUCUGUCAGCGUAGAGAACGUGCAGUGGAACCAGAUGAUGAACAACAAAGUGGUGGCGGUCACUAAGCUGGUUGCUGUGGAGGUCUACGGCUUCACACUCAUCAUGAGGAACAACAUGUUUGGAGUCCUGGUAAACGGGGUCUUUAACAACCUUCCCCUGAGUCUGAAUGAUGGCGCUGUGCAGGCCUAUCAGGAAGGCCAGCAUUAUGUAAUUGCAACAGAUUUUCGACUGCGGGUCACUUAUGAUCUGGUCUACCAUGUGACAGUCACAGUACCUGGCAACUACCGAGAUAAGGUCUGUGGACUGUGUGGCAACUACAACGGAGACCAAAAGGACGACUUCCAAAUGCCCAGCCACAAACUCGCAAAGAGUGUGAACUUGUUCGGAAAAUCCUGGAAGGUCACCAUCCCCGGUGUGGUGUGCAAGGAUGGCUGCGAAGGCAACACCUGUCCUAACUGUGACCCAGCUCGCAAGGCUGUGUUUUCAAAGCCCGCUUACUGUGGCAUUCUUUCGGCACCCAAAGGUCCUUUUGCAGUCUGCCAUAGUAAACUGGACCCACAGCCGUAUUUCGAUAACUGUGUGUUCGAUGUGUGUGCUUCCAAUGGGGACGGAAAGGUGCUGUGCAACAGCGCAGCAGCCUACGCCUUCAACUGUCACAACGCAGGAGUGGACGUGAAAAACUGGAGGACGCCAUCGUUCUGUCCCAUGAAAUGCCCAGCCAACAGUCACUAUGAGGUGUGUGCAGACCCCUGCUCUGCUUCCUGCCCAGGCCUCACCGAGCUGGUCCAGUGCUCCACCGGCUGCAUAGAAGGCUGUGAAUGCGAUGCAGGCUUCCUAUUCAAUGGACAGAUAUGUGUCAAAGACACUGGGUGUGGCUGCUAUGAGAAUGGAAAAACCUACAAGCCUGCUGAGGUUCUGUACGAGGAAGACUGUAACACAAAGUGCACCUGCGAUCCCACUAAGGGUCUGGUCUGUGUGAAGCACUCCUGCCCUCAAAGCACCAAAUGCAUGGUCAAGAAAGGAAAACGAGCAUGCUACAACACAGAUCCCUGCAAAGAUGCCAACUGUCGGGUGCAGGAGACAUGCCGUGUUGAGAAGGGUGAAGCCGUGUGCGUCCCCAAAUACACAGGCACCUGCUGGGCCUGGGGAGACCCCCACUACCACUCAUUUGACGGUUACAGCUAUAACUUCCAGGGCACCUGCAAGUACGUCAUCUCUAAGACCUGUGGGAAUCUGGACGGUCUGGUGCCGUUUUCCAUCACAGAGAGGAACGACAACCGAGGGAACACAGCGGUCUCCUACGUCAGGGAGGUGGAUGUGUCCGUGUAUGGGUUCAGCGUGGUCAUGGUCAAGAACCAAAUUGGUCGAGUCACGGUGGAUGGGGAACUGCUGAAUCUUCCAGUCCAACUGGGUGACGGUCAAGUGUCAGUGAUUCAGCGAGGUCACGACGCAGUGCUGGAAACAGACUUUGGCCUGGUGGUCACCUACGACUGGAACUGGGAAUUCGUCAUCAAGUUGCCCAGCAGCUACUACAACAGUGUCUGUGGUCUGUGCGGAAACUUCAACGGCAACAAUCGGGACGAGCUCCAGAAUCCGGCUGGAAAAGUCGUCUCGUCAGUGAUAGAGUGGGGCAAGAGCUGGCAAACGCCUGACCAGAACAAGGACAGUCCUUGCUGGGACACAUGCACGACAAACUGUCCUAUCUGUGACGGUGACCAGACUAAGCUCUACGAGACGGAGGCUUUGUGCGGGGCCCUCGCAGCCAAGACAAACGGUGUGUUCAAGAUCUGUCAUGAAAAGUUGGACCCGCAGGCCUUCAUGAACAGCUGUGUGUACGACAUGUGUCAGACCAAGGGAGACAAGAAGAUGCUGUGCCAGGCGUUGGCCUCCUACAGUAAGCAGUGUCGUGAGGAAGGGAAAAUCAUCAAGGGCUGGAGGAAAAAGUUUGGCUGCCCGAUGAACUGUCAGCGUCACAGCCACUAUGAGGACUGCGCCAAGCCAUGCCAGCCAUCCUGUCCUUUCCCUGAAAACAAGCCGACCUGCGCCGGGGCCUGUGUUGAGAGCUGUGUGUGUGAUGCAGGUUACGUCCUCAGCGCUGGGGUGUGUGUGCCCGCUAAAACAUGCGGCUGCUCCUAUCAGGGUCGCUAUUACAAGCAAGGCCAGCGCUUCUGGGCCGACGAGGCCUGCCGUCGCCUGUGUGAGUGCGACUCGACCCUGGGCAUGGUGACGUGCAGCGAGGCGUCCUGCUCCGCCAAGGAGAGGUGCACCAUAGAGGACGGAGAGCGAGCCUGCCGACCCAUCAGUCACGCCACGUGCACAGCCUCAGGUGACCCACACUACCGCUCAUUUGAUGGCCGCAGGUAUAACUUCCAGGGAACAUGCGAAUAUCAGCUGGUGGGACUGUGCUCUAAGCAGCCCGGGCUUGUACCGUUCAAGGUGACUGUGCAGAACGACCACCGGGGAAGCAAGGCUGUGUCCUACACAAAGACUGUCAACUUUUCCGUAUAUGGAAUCACUAUCACCAUCAGCAGAGAAUACCCCUACGCAGUCCUGCUCAAUGGGCAGCAGGCUUUGUUGCCACUGGAUUACAAUGAUGAGCUGAUGGUGUUUCUCAGUGGCCGGACAGCUGUUGUGGAGACGGUCGCUGGUAUCACCGUGACCUUUGACUGGCGGAGCACCGUGAGCGUCACUCUGCCCAGCAACUACCAGGAGGCAGUCUGCGGCCUGUGUGGCAACUACAAUGGGAACGCCAAGGAUGACCUGACCAUGCCUAAUGGCCAGAUUGCCCGUGAUGGAGACAAGCUGGGGGAGAGCUGGCAGGUGGCCGUUACACCAGGCUGUUCAUCAGCCUGCCAGGGGGCUUUGUGCCAGGACUGUUCCGAUUCCCAGACGAAGGAGUACCAAGCCAUGAAGCACUGUGGCAUUAUCGCUGACAAAGCAGGGCCUCUCAGAGAAUGUCACAGUCACGUGGACCCCACUCCCUACCUGGAGGACUGUGUGUAUGAUGCCUGUCGGUACCACGGUCACCGCGAGUCGGUGUGCGACGCAGUGGGCGUGUACGUCUCUGCCUGUCAGAGCCGCGGAAUCGUCAUCCGCUCCUGGAGAACAGAUUCCUUCUGUCCAAUGGUGUGCCCAGCUAACAGCCAUUAUACUGUGUGUGCCACGGGUUGCCCAACCACCUGUGCAAGCUUAACCUCCCAUUCCACCUGUCGCAGGCGUUGUGCAGAGGCCUGCGAGUGUGACGAAGGCUUCCUGCUGAGCGGGGUCACCUGCGUGCCUGUGAGAGACUGUGGCUGCUCCUACAACGGUCACUACUACAAGAAAGGAGACGCCUUCUACCCUGAAAACGAGUGCGUGGAGAAGUGUGUCUGUGGAGAGAACGGUGCGGUAUCUUGCCAGAAGGCCAAGUGUCGGUCCGGGGAGAUCUGUAAGGUUGCAAAUGGUGUGAAAGGCUGCCACCCCGAGGGGCAGGGCAAGUGCGUCGCUUCCGGUGACCCUCAUUACAUUUCCUUCGAUGGACGGAGGUUCGAUUUCCAGGGUACCUGCGUCUAUGUGCUGGCCAAGGUUUGUGAUGACGACAAAGGCCAGCUGACGCCAUUCACUGUCACUCAGGGGAAUGAGAAGUACGGGAAUGGAAAAGUGGCUGUUACCAGGUCGGUUGCUGUGGAGGUCUAUGGUUUUAACGUUUACAUCCAGCAGCGAAUGCCAUGGAAAGUCCUUGUCGACGAGGAACUACUAAACCUCCCUCUCUCCCUGGACAACGGGCGUCUCCAAAUCACCCAGGAAGGUCGCAACAUAAUUGUCCGGACCGACUUUGGACUCACUGUCCUCUACGACACCGUCUAUUACGUUGAGGUGAUCGUGCCGUCUACGUACCAGGGUAAGAUGUGUGGUCUUUGUGGCAACUACAACGAGAAGCACCGUGAUGAAUUCAGCCUUCCUAAUGGCAAACGAACGAAAAACAUUGACAACUUUGGAAAGGCGUGGGUGGUGGACCUGCCCGGGUAUGUAUGCGGCGGCUGUGGCGGUCAGUGCCCAGCGUGUGAGAAGGCCAAGGCUACGCUGUAUGGGAAACCUGACUCCUGCGGCAUCAUAAGUGAACCUACAGGGCCUUUCAAAGCCUGUCACGGCAAAAUCGACCCCGCAGCAUACGCGUCUAAUUGCGUGUUUGACGUGUGCGCUGUGGACGGCGACAAAGAUACUCUGUGUAACAGCGUGCAGGCCUACGCUCUGGCCUGCCAGAGUGCCGGAGUUCAGAUCCAGUCAUGGAGGAGCAGCUCUUUCUGUCCUGCUUCCUGCCCUGAACACAGUCACUAUGAGGUGUGUGCCAGCACGUGUGGUGGGACCUGUUCCAGCUUUAUUUACCCGUCGUACUGCUCUAAAGAAUGUUUUGAAGGAUGCCAGUGUGACGACGGCUUUGUUUUUGAUGGCAUCCAAUGUGUUCGCUUGGACAGCUGUGGGUGUGUGCACGACGGGAGAUAUCUGAAGGUGGGCCAAGCUGUGGUGGACAAAGACUGCAAGUCCAAGUGUGAGUGCCGGGCGUCCGGUGAGAUGAAGUGUGAAAAGCUGUCCUGUGCCGAUCGGGAGGUUUGCAGUGUGAGAGACGGGGUCAGAGGUUGCCACGUCACACAGGGCCACUGCAGCAUCGACCAUGUUGGACACCUCGCCUCCUUCGACCGCAUGUCCGGAGCCGCAGGCGCUCAGGGGGCAGUGGAGCUGGCAUCUCUGUGUGACGAGAACGUUGACCUGUGGUUCCGUGUGGUCGUGGACGUCAGGGUCUGCAGUAAGAGAGGACCUACCGCUGUCGCCACUGUGCACGUGUUCUUUAAGGACACAGUCGUCACAGUGAACAGCCAACAUGUCACCUGGGUAAACGGCAGGAAAGUGUCUCUCCCCAGAAAAGUGACUGAUGAUCUAUCCGUCAAAAUCUCUGAGAGGAAAGUGGUAAUCGAGAGGGCGUCUGCCGUGCGGGUCACGUACUCAAUCUCACAGGAGGUCAUCGUCACUGUUGACAGCGCACUGUCCGGCAAAAUGUGCGGCGCCUGUGGCAACUACAAUCACAAGUCCAAAGACGAUAUGACGACUGCAGAUGGGAAAAUUACCACUGACGUGUCUGUGGUUAUCGCCUCCUGGAGCGCCGGGGACUUUUCUCAGUGUGGCCUGUAGAGAUGUUGGCUCUGUGGUGAUGGGAAGCAUCUGUUAUACGGGGAUGAAGAGGAAUGUGAAGUCGCUCGGCUAAAGCUGGCAUGUUUACAUCCAGCCUUACUCAUCAUAUUUCUCAUGCUUUCCUCCUGGAAUGUUUUGGGUUGUUUACUGGGGCUUGGGUUCUCCAUUGUUCAUCUCCGAGGAGCAGAAAAAUCUGCUGCAUACUUUGACCAACACCUCCAUCUAGUGGAGGAGAACCUGAUGGUCUUUCCCGCACAACAACUCCAAGUCUUUAUAACUCUUUAACUCUAACUAUUCACUACUUGUGUACAAACUGUUAAUUAUCUUCGGAUCAAUAAAUUAAUUCUUACUUCA